AAUUAGCUGUGUUUCUAUUCAGGUUGCGGCUUUACUGCUCUUGUCUCAACAGGAAGAAAGGCAUUUAUUACAGAGAAACGUAAAUACAGCCCUUCAGAAAAAAAUAGACGAGCUUCAGAGAAAUUUACUUCAAGUUACCAAUGAAAAGGUGAAAGCUCUUAUGGAGCUGGCAUGCUUGAAGCAGAAAUAUCAGUCACUUAAAGAGAAAACCAGUAAUGAGAUGAAGCAAGGGAACCUUUUAGAUGAAACUGGGGAGAAAAGAAUUGGUACAAAUGAACGACAUGGAAGGCUAAGAAACCUGCUGAAGAAAACAUAUCUGAGACGUUGGGUUGGUACAUUAGAUAAUGGUGGAAAUGAAACAGAAGCUCAUCCAAAUAAUGAUGGAGAUUUCUCUGACAGAAUGUUUAGUAUGAGUAUGGAUUUUGCAGGAAUGAAGAUCGAAAAUGCAAUGCUUAAGGAGAGCAUUGAAAGCAUGGAGCACCUUACUUCAUCUGUUCAUAGACUACGCCUUUCUCUUCUGAAGGUAAAAGAGUCUGUUACCUCUGAAGGCAUGGAAAUAAGUUUGUUAGAAGCUCUUGAUGAGAUUAUUAAUGAGGCAAGACUUGUUAAGACUGCCCUUGGAAGCUCCCUACCAAUUAGUUGGUCAGCUGAAGCCGAUAUUGGAUUGACUGGGGAAAAUGCUGGAAGCGAGUUUGGUGAUGUCUAUGAAGAUUGCAGCAGGGACAAAAUAGACUCGGUCACUGCUGCAGGGUUUGAAAUGGUGGAACUUGUAAAGCUUGCCGCUCAGAUAUUGAAGGAAAGAACUAUAGCAGGUUCUUGAACAAGAGGGCAAUCUAUGCAUCAGAUGGCACAUUUGAUACCAGACACAUAUCUGUACAGGUUUUGAAACUGUUAAAUGGGUAAUUGAAUUAGGUGUAAAAUCAAAUUCAUAUUGAAAGCGUUAGAGGCAAAAAAAAUGGGUCUGGCUUCGUCAUGGGAGCAUGGUAACAAGGGUGCAAUGGUGAGGGCCACCGGAACAAUGUUCAUGUUGGUGUGUUGUUCAUGGAGAAUAUCAGGGGAUCUAGGCUUCCCCCACCCCCUGUAACUGUACAUGGUUGUAAUCUUUCUGUUGCUUGUGUGAUGUACAGUUAAAUUUCGAUUGAAUUAAUUCUGCACAUAAUUCAUAGAAGCACAAGAGCUGAUAGAUCCAAACUCUUUAUAUUCACCUUAUAAAAUCAAAUUGUUCAU